GAGGUAGUUGUGUGUUUGACAUAAGCAAUGAUCGUGGCGAAGAACUGUACCACUAAAUCACGGAUCUUUUGCGGUUGAUGAUGAAUGAUCCACCCCUGGUUAGACAUAGCCACUGGGUAGUACUAACAGAUCUGUCUGACCACAGUAUGUGUGAUUUGGAGUUGUUUAUGUGAUCAAACAAUGGAACUUUUUCAGACGGACGAUCACUACAUUGUGCAGGAUGGCCAACACAGUUUGUGGUGUAGUCGAUCUGACGGAAAACUCGACCCGCAAGAAGGCUCAGCCCUUGCUAAUGCAUGGAAUCCUGUUUGCCUUGGAACUGUGGAUGGUGUCAUUGGCAAGAUAAAAGUGCAUCCUGAUUCUAGCUGGAGGCUGCUGUUGAUUAGUGGUCAGCGAUUGGUCGGUUCGUUGCCAGGGGGACAUCAUGUCUACUGCAUCACACGCAUUGCCAUCCUACCCCUCUCUGAGAGCAGUCAUCCUGAUAUUGAUAUCGAGAGAUGUUCCAAGCAUCAUUUUGGGAUGAAGAAAACCAAGAUGAUAAUGAAACCAGCAACAGCUCAACAGAAAGCUCUGACUAAGACCUGGAAUAGCAUCAAAGCCGUCACUCAAGUCAGAAAGAAAGAGGUCAAAGAGAGAGAGAAACAUGAGAGACGAAUCACGGAGGAACUGCUCAAGAUGUUUACUGAUUCAGAGUGGUUUUACUACACCCGGACUGGUGACCUGACCAACACUUUACAGCGACAACACACAGGAGAAACGAAACAUGACUGGGAUGAGCGAUUUUUUUGGAAUCAACACAUGCUUCAAGAUAUCUUUGCCUGCACGGACAAGGAUUUAGCUGGUCAUUGGACGGUUCCUAUCAUCCAGGGUUACGUCAGCAUCAGAGCCUGUAAGAUGAUUUUUGAGGAAGAAGAUGAGAAUGGAUUAAGUUCCAGCUGGACACCGGAGGAAUUGUCAGAAUUCAAGCUUAUCCUCAUUUCAAGACGGAGCAAACACAGGGCAGGGACUCGAUACAGAAGGCGAGGUAUUGAUGGCACAGGUGCUUGUGCUAAUUACGUGGAGACGGAACAAAUCAUCCAGACACGGGAACACUCUGUGUCCUUUGUCCAAGUUCGUGGCUCCAUGCCUGUCUUUUUUACUCAGCCAGGGAUUAAGUACAAACCACCCCCAAGGCUAGAGAAAGAUGAGGAUGAAACCCGUCCUGCCUGCGAGGCACAUUUUGAGGAGCAGACCGCCCUCUACAGGCGGGUUGUCAUCAUCAAUUUAGUGGAGCAGGUGGGACGAGAAGACAUCAUUGGCCAGGCUUUCAUGAAACAGGUUUUGUUGUUGGACAGUCCCUUGCUGACCUAUGUAACAUUUGACUUUCAUGAUUAUUGUCGUGGGUUGAAGUUUGAGAAUGUGUCUGUUCUCAUCGAUAGUAUAAGGGACAUCAUCAAAGAUAUGAGAUUUUGUUGGAUCGACGGACAAGGUGUGAUACUUGAGCAGCGUAGUGUGUUCAGAGUCAACUGUAUGGAUUGCUUAGAUAGAACUAAUGUUGUCCAGACAGCACUUGCUAGAGCUGUGCUGAGUAUGCAGCUUCGUAAGCUAGGCAUUCUCCUACCAGACCAGCGAUUACCCCCAACCGUCAAACAAACAUAUCAGGACAUGUGGGCCAGCAAUGGGGAUAUCAUCAGCCGUCAGUACGCUGGCACCGCAGCGCUAAAAGGUGACUACACUCGGACUGGAGAGAGGAAAUUUACCGGCAUGAUGAGGGACGGUUACCAUUCAGCUAACCGUUAUCUGCAGAAUCAGUUUAAAGAUGCAUAUAAACAAGUUACAAUCGAUCUGAUGCUUGGCAAUGAGGAGGUUUUAGAAGAUCUCUCUGUCAUCACUGAGCAGAAAGUGAGCGAUGAAGAAGCAGCUGAAGAAGUCUGGAGCAACGUUAAGGAGGAAAACAUCACCCAGUUGACACAGCAUUGCCUGAAGCUACUUGUCCCUAAACACGAAGUGAAACAUUAUAUUGGAGGCUGGGUGCUCAUAAACUGUGAUCCUAUAGAUCCCGAGGAGUCUGAUGAAGAAGAUCGUGAUGUCAUUCUACUCAUCACAGAGAAAGCUUAUUACAUCGCAAACUAUGAUGAUGAGGCAGAGAAAAUUACACAAUAUGAGAGGAUUAACAUUGAAGACAUGGAAGCUAUAGGAAUAGGAUCUGCUGCGGCUUUCUUCAGUAACACCAAAGACAAAUGCAUCCGUGUGUAUCACUCCUUCUGUGGAGAUGGUGAUUACUUCCACACCUUGAAAGUGCUUCCUGGACGCAACAAGCAUGAGUCAGAUGAUAUUUUACACAAUGUGAUUGAAGCAUUUGCUCGUGCCAGAUCAUCAAACACCCUGGGGUUAAAGGUCAUUGAGGACAAAAUGGAAAGGAAAGCAAGGAAAGUGCCCCAGGAGUUAAUCAAACUCACCUCCCAAAAACGUUUAACCAUGUGGCUCCAAGACAAGUUUGUCCCCGAGAUGGUCAUCAAGAAACAUAGUGAGCCUCGGGACAGACAGCCACGACGACCUGCCUCUAGACCUGGCCCUCGGACAGCGGCUGUCUCCCGCUACCUACAGAGCGUGAGCAACAAGGUGACCAACCUGAACCUAAUCCAGCGAGCUAGAAAUAAAAAGAAGAACUUGGGGAAUGUACCACAUACACUCAUCUACCAGAAGAGCACUGACAGUGAUGCCACAGAAGAAGACGGGAGCGUCCGAAUUGAUUGUGAUAGAAAUGAUGUUGACACCUAUGAUGAUUUUGACGAUAGUCCCUACUCCUCAUCAACAGAUACAUCUUAUGAUGCCUUGAGCAUCGGUGACUGUUUGGAGAUUCUUGGCGGGAAUAUUCCCAACUAUCCACAGGAGAAUCCUGAUGAUCCCAUCAUGCUAAACGACGGCGAUAUCAUGUUGCCAACCUGUGGGGAACUUGCCACAGAUCCCUGCCGCAAUCAACGUAGCUUCAAGAGAAGACACAUCACACCACGGAAGAAGCAUUCCAAAGGUCACGCAGCCUAUGAUGAUAGGAUCGUGGAUCCAGACAAGUCCAAUCCAGAUGGGUUGGUGGAAUGCAAAGAUGCAGACUUGAAACUAGACUAUGAUAAUGACAGGAUUCUGGACCAGGCAAAGCAAGUAGACAAAGUAUCAAGUGAGGAUGGUGUCACAAACCAAGACGGGAUGUCAGAACUAUCAGACAGUCACCUGCCUGAUCAUAAAACAGGCAUUGAUUCAAAAUCAGAAGCCUUAAGUCUUCAUGAUCAAAGAUUACAAGAUAGCAUGAACCAUGAAACGGCUGACGAAGGGAAAAUAUCAGAAAGUCUUCAACACAGGAUUCCGGAAUUUCAUGAUCAUUUACCAGUUGACUCUCGUAGUUUUUCAGAAAAUGGGCGAAGUGGUAACACACUUGCUGAAGAUGAAGCAUCAAUAGACUAUGAAGGUCAAAGGUCAGGGUCUCCUCUCUUCAAACCUGAGCUACAAGUCUCAGAGCUUGCCAACGAUAAUGAUGAAAUUUUGGUCACAAUGAAUCCUCUUCCUGAAGUCCUGCCAAUUGAUCUACGAGACUUGAAGACAGCUCCCCGAUCUCUGGUCACAAAAUCUCCUCACAAAUCUCACAGUGAGAAUUCCUUAGCUGACCUUCUUGCAGGCAAGGGGAACCAAGAGAUGGAGAAAGCAGCGGAUGUCGAUAACACGGCACAGACCAAGGAAGAGGAACAGACCCAGCGCAAAUUCAAAAACCCCUUCCGCAACAUCAACUUGAAUAUGAACUUUACCCGAGCAAGCAGCAUCCGAGCUAGCCAACGUAAGGCUAAGAUGCUAAUGGAAAUGCAGAUGAGGUCACAGAAUUGCCGAACCAGGUUUCUCCAGCUGUAGCGAUGUUGUUUGUAAUCCAACCCCAUGUAAUUUAGGCUCAGUGACAGUACCAUGCUGGGAGUCCAUAUAGAGACCAGAUUUUUAUGGUGUUCAAAUUUCAUGUGACACCAGGUUCCAGCAGUGUAAGUUAUAGUAAUUUGUAUAAAUUUAGUAAAGUUGAAUAAAGUUGCCCGAGUCAGCUGAGAUGUUAAAUGUACAUAACAAGGUCACAAUGAAACUUAAUUUAUAACUGUUUCAGGAACAUAAAAAAGGAUUAGUGGUUCUAGUUACUCUGGUUAUCCAUAUCGACCAGUAAACUGCAGGUAAACUGUCACAGACUACGCAGGUCUUAGUAGUAUAAACUGGUUUACAUUAGUUUGUCCAUCUAACUAGGAACGUAGGUCUAGUGUUAUCCUAAUGUAAAGGAAAUUACAAAUAUUACUUAAUAAAACAAUGAACUGGAUAUAGCCAAAAAUUAAACUGAAAUGAUAGAAAUAGACUUUAUUCGGCCAGAGGUGCAGGAAGUCAAUUUUUGUAAGUCUAUUAAAGCCAAGUCACAAGUCAUUUGGUCCAGUCACAAGUCAAGUCACAAGUCAUUUGGUCCAGUCACAAGUCAUUUUGUCCAGUCACAAGUCAAGUCACGAGUCAUUUAAUCACAGGUCUAGUCAAAUCAAGUCACAAGUCAAUUUCGUCCAAAUACCGGCAAGUCAUGAGUCUUUUUGUCCAAGUGCAAGUUUAGUCAUGGAUGUGUGAUUUUAAGCCACAGCCAGUGAUUCAGAUGUGGCCUUGGGCAGACAAGACCAAAGAAGGAGUUGUGAGCCGAGCGAAGUCAUACGCUGAUUAUUUUAAGAAACGCAAGGCGUAAGUUGAUAGGCCAAAUUUAAAACAUUCAUGGGUUUGAUUAAGUUUCUGAUUUUUGUUGAUAACGAGUCAUAAUGUGCAAGUCCAAGUCAAGUCACAAGUCCAAAACUGAUAGUCACAAGUAAAGUCAAGAGUCACAAAAAUAAGUACUUGAAUCCAAUCAAGUGACUUGAGUCUGUAGCUCUGCAUGUAGCUAAACAAAUGGAUCUUUAAGACGUGUGUUUUGCCGUUUCAUGUGACGCUGUUAAUGGUUGGAAGAAUAAUAUGUAUGUAUAACAAUGAUUGAAGUUUUUCACCCUGAGACAUGUCCCAUUCCACUUUCUUAUUUCCUGUUCCAUCACCCUUGCCCGUUUGAAUUACAGUGAAGAGUUCACGAAACAGGAUGUUUCACCAAGUCCGUGUCCGAAUCACUCGGCUGCCGCUUCAAAUUACACGCGACUCUAUGGGAACUGGCUGCAGCCACUGCUAUAGACUCGUGCGUAACAGUAGGCUUUAGCCAAGUAAUUCAGACGUGGCCUAAUUCAACCUUUUAACGACAAUGCAUUUAGCCACACAUGAUAUCAAAUAGAAAUGAAUUGAGCUACCCUUUGUAAAAUGACACUAAUAUUUCAUUAGAGUGUACUCAUCUUUGGCACAAAGUAUUUUUUGAGGUAUUCAAAAAUUUAAAGUAUUUUUCCGUCUGUUUUUAUAGCUACAUGUUCCAUAUUUAUAGACUCUUAAACAUGUAAAUAGAAAACUUGAUUCAGUAACUUUUAGCGUAGAAUUUUAAAUGAUGGUCAUUCAGCCUUAACGUUAAUCUUAUAGAUUUCAAUCACAGAUGAAUCACUGUCUUAUUUUCCUCUAUUCCUCCAACCUAGACUUUUAAUGAACCGAAGCAAACUUUCCCUAUCUCUUUUAACUGUUUCUGUGGGAAGGACCGGUUGGAGGCUGAAAAUUUUACAGAUGAAAUUCAAAAUGUCCAGCCUCUAAGUACAGACUUUGUAAGAAUGAAGUUAUCUCUGAAAAACACACAUGCUUUAUGCACACAGUGGUUGUUUUCAAAUUAUACAUGCUAGGAAACUUUUUUUAAAAAGAUUGCGAAGUGCUUUUUAAAAAUUUCUCAGGUUUUGACUUAAGAAUUAAUUUAAAGUCUUUUCAGUUGAACAGUUGCAUUUGCUACAAGAAAUGGCAUUUUGCAGUGCAACUAGUUAUGUCAAUGUGUGUGAUGCAUUUGCAGCAUUGUGUCUUGCCAAGGUUACCUCAUAUAUUGUUUUUUAGAGCAUCAUUUGCAUAAAUUGUAUCCAUCUGGCAUAUUUUAAAGUUUUUGUGAAGUCAGUGUUUCAUAGAUGGUGUCAAAUUGUGUGUAAAAUGUGAUAAAGCAUUGAAGUUCCAGUUCCGGGUCACAAUUCUGUUUAUUAGCAAGAUGGAAAAAUGGAGUGAUUUAAGUGAAAAUAUGUCAGUGAUAUUGAUUAACUUAAAUAUUUCAACAGCAUUGUGAGCCGUCUAUUUUUAGCAUUGCUUUUGAGUCAUGCUCAUUAUGCAUGAUAUGAUUUAGAUCCUUCAGUAAAGACAUGUAAUUUUCUCAAGGUAAGUACAUUUGCACAAUGAGCCUCAAGUUAGACCGAGAGAGGUCGCAGUUUUCACAGCUAUGGAAGCUCCUUUGGUUGGAACUGAACUUAGCUGGUUCAUGAACGACUAGGAAAUGCAGGCGUCAUGGUCGCAUGUGCACCAACAAAAUGAACACUUCCGACCGAAGUAGCUCUUUUCAAUCAACCCCACCCCCAAGGUUGUAUGUAAAAAUCGUAUUGAAAUUGGAGGACUUGGGACUGCUGGGGUUCAGGAGAGGGUACUUCUGCUCAAAGCAGAUUACUGGCUGCAACAUGAAGCAGACGUUUCAACUUUGAGACCACUGCACAGGAUGAAAUGAUAAUUGAUGGGGUAACUUCAGCUGACGAAAACACCCUCCUGUUUGGAUAAAAGGAAUCGAUGAUUGCUGUAUGUUAAUAGUUGUCCAGAAUUCAGGAAGACUGUAACAAUGUGACCUGCUUUCAGGAUGUCCUCACCAGCGUAUUGUCAGAUUUUUAUGCAAAGGUGUUGAGAAACCUCAUUUUACCACUUACAGUGACACUUAAAAUUAUCUGCGUCUCGUGUUAUCUCAUUGAAAUAUUUUUGUCAUGAAAUUUAAACCUCUCACUUGUGUUCUAUAUUUAUCCAUCAAAUUAAUUACUCUAUUUAUUUAUAGUUUGAUACUGCAGAUAUUUCUGGGAAAUAUAACUACAUGUACAUGCAUUUUUAUUCAUAAUUUAUUCUACAGCACACUACUGGGUAUCGCCAGUAAUUUAAUGGUAGUCACAUAAGUGUGUUAGUACUUUGCAUCAAUACAUUACUUACCCUGUCAGUGAGUGGAAAUGGUUUUGUCCAAAGUUGUGUCUAUGAGUUGCCUUAGGGAAUGUUUUCCCUGCUUUUUACAUGGACGUGUAGGUGUACGGCAGCCUAGAUAUUUAAGUGAAGGUGUGAAUCUUUCACGGUUGCAUCAUUAUUGUUGUAGAUAUUAUAUGCAAAAUUUGCAUGCUAUUUACUAUAUUUGUGCCGAAUGCCAGGUUUAACACUAAGUUUUGUCUUUAUUUAUUCAGGAUUUCAAUUUCAGCCCUGUUCAGAGUUGUCAUAUUUACCACUCCAAGAUCGCGGUGCACUUGUACUUUUGUAGUAUUUGAAUUGAGUGUGAUACAUAUCCGUGUAAACGGAAGGGAAAAUUGUUCUGUAUAGAAUAAACACAAAAAUGUACAGUCAUGAAUUCAGAAAAAAAAUCCUAUUGUUAUUCGUUUUUCUGUAAAUAAACAUUAAUUUUGACAACACCA